AUGGGCUUGGGUCUGUGGGCGGCCUUGAAAAUCAUCACGCAGUACGUGGAUGAUUCCUUCCAGUACGAAAUCUACCUCUUGGGGCCUUGCGUUUUGCUGGGCCUGAUCUGCGCAGAGGAGUACACUAUCCCGGACAUCCUGUGGUCCUCAUCGAUCUGGCUGGAAAGUGUAGCUAUCAUCCCACAGCUCGUGCUGCUCCAGCAGAUACGAGAGGUCGAGAACCUCACCUCAGAUUUUGUGGGCUGCAUGGGAGCGUAUCGUGCUUUCUACAUCCUGAACUGGAUCUACCGAUACUUUGCAGAGGACUAUGUGAACAUCGUCGGGUGGAUCGGCGGACUGGUCCAAACGGGCCUCUAUUGCGACUUCUUCUACUACUAUGCAAAGAGCAAAUGGUACGGCAGCAAGCUUGUCCUCCCUGUUGCUAGCUGA